UUAGAGGUUAAAAACCUCUGGUCUGGUAAGGCGGGCGGGGGGCGUGGUCAGCACCACGUGGUGUGCCACUCCAGAGCCAUGGCGGCGAACACGACAUAUCCAGACAAGGACGUCAAGGAGGCCUUAAGCCUCUUGAAUUCGCUGAAGGAGCAGGUGACCAGUGUUACAUCGCACAUUCAAGGGCUUCGGAAUAAAUGCACGAGUGAAGAUUUUGACAUGGCCAAGGGGCUGAGUUUAUUGGACGUUAAGAACCAUAUGCUGCUCACCUACCUGAUGGACCUGACUUUCGUGAUGCUUAAAAAAGUGGAAGGACAGACGUUGGUAAAUGAGCCGGCGAUCUUCCGCUUGGUAGAAGUGAGAACUGUGCUGGAGAAGAUGCGUCCUGUAGAACAGAAGCUACGCUACCAGAUUGACAAGCUGGUGAAGACCACACUCACUGGCAGCAUGGGAGAGAAUAACCCACUGAGAUUCAAGCCCAACCCUGACAACAUGGUUAGCAAGUUGGGUGAUGAGAAUGAUGAAGACAGUGAACAAGACGAGAAGACAACGAAGGAAGAUCAGAAGAAACAAAAUAGAUAUGUCCCGCCGCAGAUUGCAGCAAUGCCCUACAACCAGGAUGACACGGAGGCGGACCGGCAGCGGAAGCGCUUGGAGGAUGCCCGGCGGCGUGCGCUGAGCAGCUCUGUGAUUCGUGAGCUGCACGAGGAGUACUCGGAGGCACCGGAGGAGAUCCGCGACGGAUACAACAUGCACCGCAUGCGCCACAGCCGUGAGGAUCAGCACAGAAAGGAGUAUGAGGAGGCGAUGAUGGUGCGUCUCAACGUGCCCAAAAAGGAGCAGCAGAAGAGGAAGCGCGCCUUGGCCAUGACGUCGCAGCUGGACUCACUCACACACUUUGGCGACAUCAGUGCGCUGACCAGAGAUGGAACGCUGGGGGAGGACGAAGAUGAGAGGCCUCACAAGAAAAAGAAGAAAGUACUUAAAAAGAAGGGAAAGAAAGGUUUCCGGCGGAGGCACUGAAGGGGAAGUUAUUUGGAAAUUUUCAUUUUCACAUCCAGAAAUCUCCGACCACACGUUUUUUUGUACAAAAAAUGUGCUGUUAAAACUUAAAUAAAGGUUUUGAGACUCCAGUUAGGGGCCAUCCAUUUAGUACGUACGCAAAAAUCUGUCAACGUGACCCCCUCCCCCCUUCCCUGUACGCAUGCGUACUUUUGACACCCCCUCCCCCCACCUGCGUACAUACGCUUGACGCACAUAGAACGGCCGAUAUUUAAUCCACGCAGAAACGAUCAAUGAUUAAUAAUAUUAAGGUGUUGAAGCAAACAGAGUCCACCACCAGCUGCAUUAUUAUUAUCAAGGCUUCACCCCCCAGUUUUGAUUUGUAAUGCAACGUUUUUUAGGUGAUGGCUACCCAUUGUUAGAUGCCAUUUUAAAAAGUAGUUUUCCUUCAACCUAACAUUAAAUUAAAUAAUUGAUGUGCUUAUGUUUGUCAAGACACUAACGAAAGUAACAAUUUUUCGUUUGUCUGGAAUUGUGUUUUAUGUACAAGAAAAAGUUUGAGAAUAAACCAAUAUGAAAAUAAC